CGAAGUCAUGAAGGCUCAGAUCUCCGCACGCGCUGGAUAAUUUCGUCAUGGUCCUAAAGCCGCCGUUCAUCUCAUCUGAAAUUUAACGAUUAGGAAUUAAUAUUCAAACAUACACCUGUUCCACCUAAGGGCACAAAAGUAACUUCAGUAUGGCCUCACCAACGACAGAGGAGUAUACACCACCACCUUCUGAGAAUGAACCUGGCAAAGAACAGGAGGACUUAUCAGAACAACCAACAAGAAGAAGAGGCAAAGGGAGACCACCAAAAACUCUGCACACUUUUAAGUGUUCAGUCUGUCAGGAUGCUUUUACCAGCCCUUCAACUCUGCAGAGCCACAAGCUGUCAGCACAUGGUAAAGAGAAACAGCAGCAAUACACCUGUGCACAAUGCACUAAGACAUUCACCAGCUGGGCACAGCUUUCCAAGCAUCAACGCUCGCACUCUUCUCAGCGUCCAUUCCAGUGCCCACAAUGCCACAAGGCUUAUAAGACACAGACGGAGUUACGCAACCACAGCCGUUCACACACAGGAGAGAAACCUUUUGUUUGCACUGACUGCGGCAAGGCAUUUAUGCAGGCCAUUUGUCUACGUAUCCACAUGACGCAGCACAGCGGUGAGAGGCCUCACUCCUGCCCUCAUUGCUCUAAGAGCUAUCCCACAUUAUCUAAGCUCAAAGUGCAUCAACGAUCGCACACAGGGGAGAAGCCUUACUUAUGCGCGGAGUGCGGGAAGAGUUUUGCCGACCCCUCUGUGUACCGCAAGCAUCGGCGCAAUCACCAAGGCCACCGCCCGUAUUCCUGCGGUCAGUGUGGUAAAACGUACACAGAGCUGAAGGACUUGAAGAACCACGAGCGCUCGCACACAGGGGAGAAGCCUUACCUGUGCUCCGACUGUGGGAAAGCCUUCUCCCGUUCAUCCUCUUUGGCCUGCCACUUGCGAAUCCACUCUAAGAGCAAGCCUUACCAGUGUGAGGAGUGCGGCAAAGGUUUUACUCAGCUCUCCUCGUACCAGUCCCACCUCCGCACACAUUCAGGCGAAAAGCCCUUCCUUUGUCCACAGUGUGGCAAGAUGUUUUCAGAUCCCUCUAGUUUCCGCCGACAUCAGAGGGCGCAUCAAGGUUUCAAGCCCUACCCCUGCGAUAAGUGCACCAAGAGGUUUCGGCAGCCUGCUGACCUUGCAGUGCAUCAGCGUGUGCAUUCCGGUCAGCGGCCGUACAAAUGCCAAAGCUGCGAUAAGGCUUUUGUUGCUUCUUGGGAUUUGCGACGACACAUGCUGGUUCACACCGGGCUGCGGCCUUUCUCCUGCACUGAGUGCGGCAAGUCCUUCGCAGAACGCUCCAGUCUGAACAAACACAGGAGGGUGCAUUCUGGGGAGCGCCCCUUCAAAUGCCAGCAGUGCUUCAAGUCGUUUGUGGUGUCCUCUAGUUUGCACAAACACGAGAGGACACACUUAACAGAGAGGCCUGUGCAGGACCAGCCUGCCCCUGAACCUGCUCAAGUGUUUCCCCCCACCCUCCCCCAGUUCUCAUGCUCUCACUGUGAUAUGAUAUUUGGGACCUGGGAGGAAGUGCAGGCCCAUUCCAGCCUUCACACUAUCUCUCCCCCGACUGAUUCUACAGUUUCAGCUUUACCUGACAGUCAGUUUGUUUGUGUGACCUGCCAGUUAGAGUUUGCUCAGCUGGCUGAUCUACAAGCACAUGAGAAAUUGCACCCCAAGCCACGACCCCACAUUUGUGACAACUGUGGUAAAGGUUUCCUGAAUAAAGCCGGGCUUCGCAAACAUCAGCGCAUCCACUCAACAAGUCGGCCUCAUUGCUGUGCUGUUUGCGGGAAGGCUUUUCUCUUUGCUGCCUAUCUUCGCAAACAUUUGCGCACUCAUCGCAAUACUGAAUCCUCAUCCUCCCUGCCACAAAUGGACAUAGCACACACUCAACCCCUACCAUCCCCACCAAGUGCUGCAUCACCUUCAGCAUCUGAGCCCUCCACUAUUUCACUCUCUGUUCCUAUGUCGACAUUUCAGGCAAUGCCAUCCCAUGCAUAUAUAAAGGAGGAGGGGCUCUGAAAUGAUUGCUGACUGUGUCAGCUGCUUAGAACAUCUCAACAAUGUUAACAUUUUUGUAAUUGCUGUUCUGUAUAAAUACAACUAAGAAAAUCUUUCAAAAAUCAAUGAAAUUGACAGAUCAAAUCUUUCAAUGCAUUAAAGAGACAAUUAAUGACUAUUAAAGAGACCCAUAAAGAGAAAUUCUGCCAUCAUUUACUCACCCUUAUGUUGUUUCAGACCAGCAUUAUGUUAUAGCCAUAGUCUUUUUUCCAUAUAAUGAUGAAGUGUGAGGCUAAAAUCUCCUUUUGAGUUCCACAGAAGAAGAUCAAAUGGGUUUGGAACAACUUGAGGGUGAGUAAAUUAUGGCAGAAUUGUUAUUUUUGGGUGAACUAUCCCUUUAAUAGUCACUAAUUGUUUUAAUAUUGUCUAGAUUUAUUUAAUAUACAAAUUAUGUCUGUAUCAUGUUGCACUUCUGUAUCAUAACCACAGGAUUAAUCGGAUAUGUUUGUACACUUGCAAUAAGUGUAAUAUUUAAAUGAAUAUUUUUGUCAAGAGACCAGUCAUCAUGACUUAUUUAAUUUAAUAAAGUAAAAAAGAAAAAUCCAUCAGCAGACUGCACAAAAUUCUGUACUUAAUCAGUUUGUUAACAGCUGUGAUUAUUUGAAUGCUUUUAAUGCACCAAGCUGCAGAAUUUGUGAUGGUAAAUAUAUAUGAGGGUUAUGACUUUCUGAACAUUGUUAUGCUUUUAUUAUUACAUUAAACUCCA